AUGGCUGGGUCUGACUGGGACCUCCAGGUGCCGCUCUUGGCCUCACCUCCCAUGUCGAUCACGACGAGACGGCCAUUGGUGCUGGCACCCAAAGUGGAUUGCGAGGGAGCUGUGCUGUGGCUCCAUGGAUUCGAUGACAACUCCGCUGGCUGGUCUCAGCUGUUGCCGCGUCGACUGAGCUGGUGCUGGGUACAUCUGCGGGCGCCCAAAGUGGCGCAGAGUUUCUUCGGAGGUCGAAAGAUGGCUGCAUGGGGAGACUUUCUUUCGGCUGCGCGGAUCGAAGUUGGCUCGGAAGACCACGAAUGUUCAGAUGAACGUGGAAUCUAUGCCACGUGUUCGCGAUUGGUGCAGCAAGAACUGGAUCGAGUGCAGCAGAAGUAUCGCUUGGAUUCGACUCGUGUAAUCCUUGCAGGCUACUCACAGGGAGCUGCAUGCGCCCUUCAGAGCGUGGCGGAAUAUCCGAAACCACUGGCAGGAUGCAUCGCGAUCUCAGGCUGGCUGCUGCCUGCCGCGCGGAUUCCUGCGGCCACUCGCUCCUUUUGGCUCUUCCACGGGCGAGAGGACGUUCAGGUGAGUGUGAACUGCUCCAGCUUUGCUGCAGAGAAAUUGCGAAGCUUGGCUGCAGACACGGGAAUACACAACUGGGAGCGGCAAUGA